UUGUAAUUGUCAAACACAAGCAAGAGCUUGUAGCCCACAACUGCUUAGACUAAGGGGAUCUACCUUCAGUUGCUAAAAGCGCGGUAUCCAUUCCAACCAAACAUUGUAGAAAAUAAAUAAAUAAAAUGAAGCACUGACUGAAUCGUGUGCCAAUUGCCGCAAGAUUUGCUGGCCAAAAUCAUUAUAGUUGUGGGCGUGGCAUGUCAGGAGCAGCGUCUCAAUGAACCAAGGUUUCAAUCUAGAAUCAUGGCUUAAUCCAAGUAGCUUUGACGUUUCCAUUCCCACCAGGACCUGGCAGAAGUUCACAAAACAAUUUGAAUCUCAUAUGUAUAUAUACAAACAUAUGCAUUCCAACAGUAAUAUAUUUAUAGUUGUGACGAAUAUUUAUUACACAAGUUCAAUAAAAUGAGCGAUACGACUAAGAAUUUGCAAGUAAAUCCGUAUUUCAUAUUUCUCGCCCAGUUUCGUGAAAAUCUCAAAGCACGGGGCGUGACGAACAUCAAAGCCACAACUGUGGCUCGAAUGGCUGGUAAAAAGUGGCGACAAAUGAGCGACGCUCAAAAAGCCAUAUACAGUGGAAUAGCGCAAAGCAAUCGUGAAGCACGUUCGCGCGGCUACAGCGUUUAAACAAAAAUUACAAAAAACAAAUGUUACACAGAGACAAUUCAAAAUUAUAUUGUUGGCGCGUAUAUUUCGGCACUGUAAUCGUUUUUUUUAGCAAUCGAUGACAAUUAAGCACGUUAACCAACACUACCCAAAGGCGACAACACAUUUUCUAUAUAGUAAUCCAUUGACAAGAAAUUAAAAUGAGUUCCGGAUUUGUUACUGAAUCCGAGGCAGCAGAAGCACGCCAACGCCGCCAGGAGGAGUGGGAACGCGUACGGCAGCCCGAGGAUCCCAUGGAGAGACCCGAGGAACCAUACGACGGACGUUCGCUAUACGACCGCUUAAAAGAGCAGAAGACAAAAAAGGAUAUGGAAUUUGAAGAAGCACACAAGCUGAAGAAUCUAAUACGUGGCCUAGACGAUGAUGAGGUGCAGUUCCUGGAGCUUGUUGAUGCUCAUAAAAUGAAUACCGAGCGUCAACAGAUGCGUGACGAGAAGCUGGAGCUGGAGGAUUUUCGCAAUCGAGUUGAAAAGCUGCAGGAGGAGAGCGUAGAUAAGAAACUUCAAGCGGAGCUAAAGACGACAGCCAAAUCUGUCGGUGCAUCGGCCACGGCGCGCAAUACACAAAAGUCACUGCUGGGACAGGGCAUCAAGCGCAAAAAUGGCGAGUUGCCCACAACCAGCAAGGUGUCUAAAACGGAGCAGGAAACUACCGCAGAGAAAUCGAUAGCACCUGCAACAAUUAGCAUCAACACAACCAAACACGAUGUUGGCGGUCUCAAGUGUAUCGCCAUACUCCCAGGCAUUGGAUCCUACACCGAGUCGAGCGAUUCUGAGGCGAGCACCGAUACCGAUGAUCACGACCACGAUAAGAACAGUCUGGUGGAUUUGUGUGGUCGCAAGAUACUCAAAAAGAAACAGUGCGCCGAGUAAAUUGGUUUCUUUUGUAUUUUG